AUGACAAGCGACAAACACAGCAACAACUUUUUCAGCGAAUUUAACAUUUACCAUAAAAAAAACACGAAAAAAGUCAUAUACAGAUAUUUCCAAAACAGAACUCAGAAGCAGACCAAGUAUAUAACGCUCUCGCUCCUUGGCCUCAGUGGGCUGUUCCUCUACAUUACCAACAAGGCCUAUGAUAGGAAUAUCUUUUAUUUAAACAAUGAAGUGUAUAAAAAGUUUAGCAAAAAUUAUGAUGCCUCUUCUCCGCUGGAAGCCCAAAACAGGUCCUUUGCCAGAACUUUCGUCAAAGCGAAGAGAAAAAACUUAGAACUAGAUUCGAAGCCCUUAGUUUCGCAAAUAAUUAGGAUUGAUGAAAAGGAAUAA